AUGAUAGAUUCUACUAUUUUAAGAAUACCUUUUGAGAAGAGAAUAGGAUUGCUGGUUAGGAACCUAACUGUUACAGUCAAAGACCAGGUGGAUCAGAAAUUGAAUGAAGACAGUGGUAAUAUUGAUAUUGAACUGGCUCAAUUUCAAGAUGAUAUCAAGUCUAAGAUCUUGAAUGAUAUAUCAUUUGAUUUAGAACCAGGGAAAUGUCUUGCUAUUGUGGGAGGUUCUGGUAGUGGUAAGACAACCUUAUUAAAUACUUUAUCUCAAAGAACCAAUAUUACCAAUAAGAAAUUAAAAUUUGAUGGAUUUAUAGAGUAUGAUACUUCUGAAGAAAGUAAUAAUCAUCAUAUCAAGCAUGCAUAUCUUUUACAAACUGAUAUAUUUUUACCAGGUUUAACCGUCUUUGAAACUUUAAAAUAUCAAGCUGAUUUAAGAUUACCACCAUCAGUUCAUGCAUCAGAAAAAGUACAGUUGAUUCAAUCCUUAUUGGAAGUUUUAGAAUUAGCCAGUGUUAGAGAUACCAUCAUUGCUGCGUUUUCAAGUCUUGAAACUACUCUUUCUGGUGGUGAACAAAGAAGAGUUUCAUUAGCUAUUCAAUUAUUAUCAAAACCAUCUAUUUUAUUCUUAGAUGAACCAACCACAGGAUUAGAUACUACUAGUUCAUUAAAGUUAGUACAUAUUAUAAAGAAAUUAGCAUCUCCAGAGUAUGGUAUGACUAUCAUACUAUCAAUUCAUCAACCAAGAAGUGAAAUCACAGAAUUAUUUGAUAAAAUUUGUUUAUUAACCAAGGGUGGUAGAUUGGUAUAUUACGGUAAUUUAGCUGAUGCCACUUCAUAUUUCAAUAACUUGCAUAUCUUACAAGAUCAAAAUAAUCAAUCGCAAGAAGGAUCCACAAGUCAGGGAAACUUCAUAGAAUAUAUUAUGGAACUUUCAGUUCGAGAUACUACUUCUGAAGAAAUGGAAAAAAUAACCAAUGCUAGGAUUAACAAAUUAGUUGAAAGUUGGAAAAGCGAAAGAUUACCAAUCAUAGAACCAAAAUCAGAUUUCAAUAAGAAUUUAAAAUUAUUUUCAACUCAAUCCAAAGAUCGGAUUUCAUUCUUUAGAGAAGUUGAAAUUUUAACAAGACGAACCUUUUUAUUAUCAUAUCGAGAUAUAUUAUCUUUAUUAUCCAUGAAUCUUGGAGCUGCAUUAUUAGCCGUUGCCACAGGUUGGAUGUUCUUUCAACCUACUCCAGAUUUAGCUGGUAUAAGAUCAAUCACAUCUACAUUAUAUGUGAUGUUAGAAGUCAUUGGGUUUUGUCCAAUGUAUUUUGAACUUGAAAGAUUAUGGUCAACUGAUGGAGUUUUCUUUUAUAGAGAAUAUCUGGAACAAUACGUUAGUAUUUCUGGAUUUCUUUUAUCAAGAAGGCUCGGUAAAUUAUUUUUAGAAGAUUUACCGCUGGCCAUUAUAUUUGGAUCAAUAUCUUAUUUCAUGUGGGGAUUACGUACUUCAACAAAAUUUGACAGUGGAUCGUUUAAUUCUUCUUAUUUUGGGGUUUAUAUCGGUAUAUGUAUAUUAGUGGAAUUAAACGCCAUGGGUUCAUCGUUAUUAUGUUUUGCCGUUGCUAAAGAUUUUUCUAUCAGUUCACUUGUUCUAAAUGUAUUUUAUCAAUUACAAAAUAGUGCUUGUGGAUAUUUCGUUAAUGCUGCCACUAUGCCAGUAUACGUUAGAUGGACUAAAUAUCUUGCUUAUUUCUGGUAUGGGUUUGGAGCAUUAACUUCCAAUCAAUUUUCAAAUUGGAUGGGUGCAUGUCCUUAUGAACAUGGUGAUCCAAGAUGUAUGCAAUAUUCAGGUAAUAAUCAAUUAAAAACUUUGGGAUAUCCUAUAAAUUGGAUUGCUGAGCCUAUUGUGAUUUUAUUAUCAUGGAUGAUUGGAUUUCAUAUUUUGACAGCUAUUGCCUUUUAUUUUAAGAAAUUUGAUGUAUCCAUUGCCAAAACAAAAAAGAAUAGAAUUGAUAAAAAGAUUAAUGAUGAUCAAAAUGAUAAAGAUGAAGAUGAUGAGAAUGAAAGUAGUGAUUUAUCCCUCAUUGAUGAAAAGAAUAACGUCAAUAAUAAUAAUAAUUUGACUCAAAAGAACUUAAAUGAUGAUAUAGAUAUCAGUAUAGAGAAUUUAAAUCUUUUAGUUCAAAACAAAAAUAUUUUAGGAAAUGUUACAUUUGAAAAGACUUUAUUAGAAAACAUCAAUGCAACAUUCACAGCUAAUGAAGUUAAUGUUAUUAUGGGUCCAUCGGGUAGUGGUAAAACCACACUAUUAAAUUAUCUUUCUGAUAGAUUGCCAAAGACAAGAGGAAGUAUUUAUAAAUCAACUGGAAUCAUCAAUAUAAAUAAUUUCCAAACUAUUACUGCUAAACAAUUAUCUCAUGGUUCAGCUUAUGUUACCCAACAUGAUAAUUCAUUAAUUCAUAACUUAACCGUUCGAGAAACUUUAUAUUAUCAAGCUAAGAUAAGAUUACCUACUCGAGAACAUAAAUAUAUUCCACAAAUCAUUACUGAUUUAAUUCGAAAAACAGAAUUAAUUGAUUGUGCAGAUAAAUUGAUUGGAUCAGAAUAUGUUAAGGGGAUUAGUGGAGGUGAAAAGAGAAGAGUAUCGAUUGCUAUUCAAUUAUUACUGAAACCAAAGAUUUUAUUCUUAGAUGAACCUACAUCAGGAUUAGAUUCUGCCACUGCUUGUAAAAUCUUACAAUUAUUAGAUACUUUAGCAUUGGAAAAUAAAACCACGGUUAUUUUAACUAUUCAUCAACCUAAUCAAGAAAUGUUUCAAAGAUUUGGAUCAUUAUUAUUAUUAGCUAGAGGUGGGAAGAUUAUUUAUAAUGGUAGUAUUGAUAAUAUCAAACCUUAUUUCACAUCAUUAAAUUAUACCAUUCCAUCUAAUGUUAAUUUAGCUGAUUAUAUUCUUGAUUUAAUUUCCAAGAAGAUGGAUGAAGAUAAACAACAAUUACAAAAUAGAAUCACUACAUUAAUUCAAGAAUGGAAAAGUCAUAAAUCAAAUGGCGAUGAAGAAGUGAUGGUUAAAUCUCAUAAACUAGUUAAUAUUGAAAAUUAUUAUCAUAAGAGAUUGCCAUUAUAUGUCACAUUCAGCACCAUUGCCGAACGACAAAUUUUAACCUCAUAUAGAUCAAGGGAUGUGGUUAUUAGUCGGGCAGGUCAAACUAUAUUCUUAACUAUUGUUCAUACCUUAUUUUUUGCUCCAUUGAGAAAUCUGGAAGAAGGGAUAAGUAAUAGAUUAGGUUUAAUUCAAGAAGUUUUGAAUUUAUAUUUUGUUGGUUUGGUUAAUAAUAUCACAUUAUAUCCUACGGAAAGAAACUUAUUUUAUCAAGAAUACAAAGAUGGAAUUUAUGGAGUAUUAGAAUUCAGUGGAUCAUAUUUAAUUAAUGAAUUACCAACUGAAAUCAUUCCAUGUUUAUUCUUUAGUAGUAUGAUUGUAUUUGUAUGUGGAUUACCUCGAAAUCCAGGGAUGUUUUUCAGUAUGUUUGCUACUGGGUUUGUAUCUAUAAAUUGUGGUGAAUCAUUAGGUAUAAUGGUUAAUAGUUGUUUUAAACAUUUAGGAGUGGCCACUAAUCUUUUAUCAAAUUUAGUUAUAUUGGCAAUUUUUAUGGGUGGUACUAUGUCAUUACAUAUGCCACCAUUCUUUAGAGGGAUUAAUUUUAUAAGUCCAAUGAAAUAUGCCGUUGGUAUAUGUGCUGAAUUAGGGUUAAGAGGUCAAAUCUUUACAUGUUCACCCGAUGAUGGAGGAGAUUGUAUAUUGAAUACAGGUGAACAAGUAUUAGAAUAUUAUGGAUUAAAUAAUAACAUUGGUGCUAGUUUUGGAGGGUUGAUUGCUUGUUUAAUCAUUUAUAGGUUGAUUGCCAUUGCAUCGAUAUAUAUUAGAGUGAAGUAUUACAACUAA